AUGUAUUUCUCAAGAUUAAUUAGAAAAACAUUUGAUAAAUUAUCAAAUGUACAGCAACAAACAGUGCAAGGUGUAGAAUUAAUGCAAUUUGCAUUUUUUCGAAGUGGAAUAAUAUUGAUAGCGUCAAUUGUCGCUGUAUGGAUAUCGAUAUUUCUUUAUACAGCAUUUUAUUAUGCUUAUAUGCCAAAUAUGCAACACACACGUCCAGUUCAUUUACAAUUUAAAUCAUGUGAGGAUUUAAAAGGCAUAUGUAGCUAUCCGACAGCAUCUGUUCAAUUAACUAAAAAACAACAAUUGUUGAUGGUUGGACAGCCGUAUAAAAUAAAUUUAUAUUUAGAAAUGCCGGAAUCAACAGUAAACAAAGAACUUGGGAUGUUUUUGGUAUGUUCAUCAUUAUCAAGCCGUGAUGGUUUUCAAGUUGAUAAUUCUUGUAGGCCAACAAUGUUACAUUAUCGAAGUACAUUGCUCCAUUUUCUCACAACACUUAUAUUUUCACCAAUGCUGGUUUUCGGUACACGUGAAGAAAAACAACAUAUUGUAGUAGAGUUAUUUAGUAAUUUUGAGGAAGAUCAAAGUCAUCCUGUAACAUCUAUUGAAAUCCAAAUUCAAUCACGAUUUAUUGAAUUUUAUUCAGCAACUAUUGGAAUUCAUGCUCAUUUGUCUGGAUUAAGAUAUUUAAUGUUUCAUUGGCCAAUAUCUGCUGCCAUUGUUGGCAUCACAACAAAUUUAUUUUUUAUAUCGCUUAUUUGUAUAUUGUCAUAUUUACAUUUUACACAUGAAGACGAUCUUCAAGAUGAACAAUUUAAUUAUGAAAAAGGUCAAAUGGAAAAAAAUAGUAGUGAUAAAAAUAGUACUGACGUAUCAUCAGAAUCUUCUUCAAUAGAAGAUGCAUCUUUACUUGAUGACAUUAUUAAAAGUACCAACGAAUCUAAUAAAUUAGAGUUAAAUUUACCACAAGAUAAAUCACAUUAUAUUGAAGAAAUUAAAUCAAUAGCAAGUGAACCAGUUUCAAAUAAAUAAAUUUUAAAUAUAUUAUAUUGCAUACAUCGAGGCUAUAUACAAAGGACUAAUUAUUUUAAUUUUAUAGAUUCAUCGAAAUUAUACUAUUUCUAUAAAUAUUUAAUUCGACUUAUAUAUGUAUAUAAUUGUAACUUUUUCA